AACUGUAAGUCAGUUGAUAUAUUAGAUGACGUUGCUUUCGAGUCUCAACAGAAAUAGAGCAUAGCUACAAUUUCAAGGUUACUCACUUUUCUUCUAUACAUCUUCACUCUGUCUCUCUCUCCAGUCUCCUCUCUCAAAUCCCAAAGCACCUUACAUUUUUCAACCUCCGGCGAGCUGUUCACUUUCUCUCGAGAGAGGGCGAAUCUAAUUAGAGUAGUAGUAGUGGGUGGUGCUUUCAAUUAAAAGACUGGUGCUUUGAUGGCACGACAAUAAAAACCCUGCAAAAAACCCUUUCCCCUCAUUCCCAAAUCAAACCGCAACCAAAGAGAGUUCAAUCAUUAAAUGGGCGUGGUAGAAGAGGGCUGGAGCAGCUGGGCGCCGGCCCCCGGCGGCGCCCCCCUCUACAUCCAGAAAGACGAUCACUGGACCCACUUCGACAACUCCGUCAAUGCGGUGUCGUUUGGGUUCGUCGCCACCGCCAUCCUCAUAUCCAUGUUCCUCGUCAUGGCCAUCUUCGAGAAGUUCCUCCGAACCACCUCUCCCCCCGAUUCCCGCCGCCGCCACUCCGACCUCGACGCCCAGAGCCACAUCGUCGCCUUCAAUUCCAAGCUCCGAUUCCCCUCAUCUCCCAAAGUAAGUGUAAAUGCAAGAGAAGUAUCGGUGGUGAUGCCGGGCAACAAGAUCCCGACCUUCAUCGCACAUCCUGCUCCGGUGCCUUGCCCACCGGAGCGAGUGCAGUGGCCGCCACAUCAGCUAUAAUGAUGGGGAGUCACCAUGGAUGCACAUUCUACUACCAUUCCUUUUUGUGAAAUGGGAUCAAAGUUUUUGUAUAUAUCUCUACUCUUAUCUCAUUUCCUGCAGUUGAAAGAUGGAAACACAUUAUUUCCAUGGCCUCUAUGUAUACUAUGCUCAUUCCCAUACCA